GGAGUUGGUGGGUGUAUGCAUGUCGUCACCACAGCGUUUGAUUGUCAGACGAUUUCAGACUUUCCUCCAGCCGCUUCUCCUCUCCACCUGUCGCUUUAGUAGGCCUACCAAAUAUGAACAGUGUUUGCAUGCUGUAAACAUUAAUCUGUCUGCUGUGGAUGAGGGCUGCCAUCUCACUGCUGGUGCUGCUGUUCUCCAUGUGUGGAGUUCAGUGUGGAGAGCUGGACGUCUCCGCUGAGCUGAAGGAACUCCGAGACAUGGUGGUGGAGCUGAGGGGGAUGCUCAAAUACACACAGAAUGAGGUUAAGGUUUUGGAGGCAGAAAACGCAGCAGCGAAGACCAAAGUGGCCUUCUCAGUAGGUCUGGGCAAGGGAUUCACCCAGGCUGGCAGUGAUCACAUGAACUUGGUCUUCAGUAGAGUCAUCACCAACGUAGGAGAGGCCUACAGCAGCGAGACUGGCUUCUUCACUGCUCCAGUCAGCGGGGUCUACUACUUCAGGUUCACCGUCAGGGACGAUCCGUACUCGAGCGCCAUGCAUAUCAUGCUGAAUAAGAACGGAGAGAGGCUGGUGUGGCUUUGGGACUACGACACCGACGGACGCCCCAACUACCUGUCCAGUGGCCUGACUGUGCAGCUGGAGCAGGGAGACGCGGUGAACAUGAUGAUACCGGCAGGCUAUAGGCUCUGGGACGACGCCGACGGUAAUGAGAGCACCUUCAGUGGCUUCCUCCUCUUCCGUCUCUGAACACCAGAACAGAACAUCACCAUGACAACUCAUCGCCAUUCAGCUUCCUGCUCUUCCGUCUCUGAACACCAGAACAGAACAGAACAUCACCAUGACAACUCAUCGCCACUCUGU